AUGGGCGCAAAGGUUCCGCGCAACUUUAGACUCCUCGAGGAGCUCGAGAAGGGCGAAAAAGGUCUUGGAGCAGAGGCUUGCUCCUACGGCCUGAACGAUGCCGAGGACCUCUUGAUGUCCGACUGGAACGGCACCAUUCUGGGUCCCCCUCACAGUGUCCACGAGAACCGAAUCUACUCCCUCAAGAUGCACUGCGGACCUAACUACCCCGAUGAGCCCCCCACGAUACAGUUUGUCAGCCAGGUCAACCUGCCCUGCGUCAACUCUCGCAACGGCGUUGUCGACCACAAGCAGCUGCCAUGCUUGGCUAACUGGAAGAGGGAGAACACCAUGGAGACCAUCUUGAUUGAGCUCAGAAGAUACAUGGCGGCCCCGGCGAACAAAAAGAUUCCCCAGCCUCCCGAGGGCUCGACGUACCAGUAA